CAGAGAGCCGCACACACCGGCGUACAGAGGCUCCGAAACAAAGCACAUCGACGCCAGUUUCUGUUAACAGGCACAAGGAGGUUGGCAGAGGAAGCAAGAGAGGAGACUCAGCAGACGAGAGAAGAUCUUUACAGACAAUAUGCAGGGAAGCAUGCGAUUGUGGAUGUCUAUGCUGACUAUAUGUCUAUCAUUGCUGAUCUGCUUGGGAACAUUUGCAGAGGCGUACCCAUCAAAACCAGACAAUCCAGGAGAGGAUGCACCAGCAGAGGACAUGGCCAAAUAUUACUCAGCACUGAGGCAUUAUAUAAACCUCAUAACAAGACAAAGAUAUGGCAAGAGAUCAAACCCUGAAGCAAUGCUGUCUGAUGUUUGGUGGAGAGAAAGCACAGAAAACAUUCCUCGAUCCCGGUAUGAAGACCCUCCAAUGUGGUGAUGACAAUGAAAUUCCAUCUUGAGUCUUUUUCAAAGUUUUUGAUCCAUGUUUCAUUGCUCUAUGACAAAUCAGACUUUUGAAAACCCUCCAAAAA